AUGAAAUAUCCUAUAAACGAGCUAUUCAGAUAGACUUCAUUUAUUUACAAAAAUUACUCUAAAAAUAUUCAUGAUGCAAUUGAAUUGGUUUUUCAUCAGAAGGAUUGGGCAUAGAAAAAAAUUAAUGAUACAAUUAAAAAUAUUUAAAAUUGGUUUACCGCUAGAAAUAAGCACAAAAAGCAAAAGGUAAUUUGUAAAAAAGAUAAAAAUCAAGCAAUAGUUCGCUAUAAAGCUUUAAUAAAGAGCACGGGUUUUAAAGAGCAGAGAAGAUAAAAAAAAUAAAAAAAAGCUUAGUUAGAAGUUAGACUUAACAAUAAAUAAUAAGAUGCUAUUAUGGAGAGAGAAUUCGAUGAAACGUUAAAGAGCCAGAAAUCAGUUUAAAAACCCAUUUCUCCUACUUUUGUUAAAGUCAGAGAAUAAAAAUCCAUACCAGAUUCUGUAUAUAACGAAAGUAACUCAGUUUCCUCUGCAGGAUACAUCUAGCAUCCUCCUACCUAUUAAUAGCCAAGACUAUAUUACCAGUCUCCAUAGCUUUCUCCUAAAUAGUUUUAAGGACAAAAUUUUGAAAUUUUAGAUAAAAGAAAAAAAGGAAUUCUAGAUGACAAGGAGUUGAUAAAUACAAAUCAAAAUAAGAGAAAAAAUGAUAUAAUAGAUUCUUUCAUUAUUGAUACUAGGUUGAAGCAAGAAGAAAUAGAAGAUUAAAACUUAAUAAGUCAGGAAAAGAGUGCUCAUUAUUAAUUUGAACCCUAGGAUAAUAAUUUAACAAAAUAAGAUGAUGACACUAAUUUUAAAGAUGAAAUGGACAAGAAAUUUGAAGAAAUGGAAAACAUAAUGACUUCAAUUUACAAGGCUGAAUAAGAUCAUCAACAUAAUAGUAAUUUAAAAGCUUAAUAACAAUCAUUUUAUGAGCAAUUUUAAAAUGCCAGAUAUUAGGAAUUCAUAUAAAAUAUGAUGAAUCUUAAAAAUGAAAUUCGAAAUUGUAUGAACAGUUAUAAAGAAAUGAGUGAUAACUUUCAAAAUUGA